CAGGGAGGCGAGGAGGACGGGCGCAGGGGCGGGUUCAUGGGCUCUGCCGGCCCCCGGAGGAGGGAGCCAGCUGGGAAGGAGAGAGCUUAGCCCAGGUAACGGCUGCCGGCAGGAGAAGCUGGCCAUGGCGGCUGCAGUGGGUGGCGCCGCCCGGCGAGGGACCCCCAUGUACUCGCAGAAAAACCUCACAUCAAAGAAAAAAGAUGACUUUGAAGAUAUCUUGGAAGAGAGGCGGCAAUCCAGUGACCUCAGAUAUGCAAUGAAAUGCUACACACCUGUUGUUUAUAAAGAACUUUCUCCCUGUAAGCCAAGUGCCAUUAAAACCAUUGUUCUGCAGUCUGAACAAGUUCAAUAUGUCAUCAAACAGCUAUCAAAAGAUACAGGUGAAUCACCUGACAUCAUACAAGAAGAAGCAGCAGAAAUUCUGGAUGAGAUGGCGCAUAGCAUGCAUAUGGGAGCUAUACGGUUUUUUGCUUUCACACUGAGCAAAAUAUUUAAAUCCCUUUUCAAGAGCAUCUGUGUGAAUGAAGAUGGCAUGCAGAAAUUACAACAGGCAAUACAAGAGCAUCCCGUUGUUCUGCUGCCCAGCCAUCGCAGCUACAUCGAUUUUCUCUUACUGUCUUAUGUGCUGUACACCUAUGACUUGGCUUUGCCUGUCAUUGCUGCAGGAAUAGAUUUCUUGGGAAUGAAACUGGUCGGUGAGCUGCUACGAAAAUCAGGUGCCUUUUUUAUGCGACGUACAUUUGGUGGUAACAAACUCUACUGGGCAGUGUUUGCUGAAUAUGUGAAAACUAUGUUAAAGAAUGGAUACGCUCCCGUUGAAUUUUAUCUUGAGGGGACAAGAAGCCGCACAGCAAAGACUUUGACUCCAAAGUUUGGUCUCCUCAAUAUUGUGAUGGAUCCUUUCCUUAAAAGGGAAGUGUUUGACAUUUACCUUGUCCCAAUCAGUAUCAGCUACGAGAGGGUAUUGGAAGAAUCCCUUUACGCACGCGAACUUUUAGGAGUUCCUAAACCAAAAGAAUCUACAUCGGGACUCUUGAAAGCCAGGAAAAUCCUGAAUGAAGAUUUUGGAAGCAUACACAUAUUCUUUGGACAGCCUGUAUCACUCAGAUCAUUGGCAGCUGGGAGAAUCGAUACCUGUUCAUUUAACUUGGUUCCAAGGCAUAUUCCCCAAAAGCCAUCUGAGGAAAUCCAGGAAUUUGCCUGUGAUGUAGCCUACAAAAUGGAACUCCUACAAAUAGAAAACAUGGUUCUGAGCCCAUGGAUAUUAGUUGCUGCUGUCCUACUCCAGAAUUUACCAGCCAUAGAUUUUCAGCUUCUGGUUGAAAAGACACUUUGGCUAAAAGGUUUAACUCUGACAUUUGGAGGAUUCCUUGAUUGGCCUGAUAAUCUGUGUGCUAACAAAGCGGUGCGAUCCAGUCUUGCUCUACACUCCAACAUUGUGAGCCUUGUCAACGGGCAAGUGGUUCUCAAUGACAAAGAAAUGGAAGCUGGCGGUACGGAAGAGCUUGUCUUUAAGCAAGCGCUCGCCAUCCUCAUGUGUGGGUCCUACAGGAACCAACUGCUCAACGUCUUUGUGCGACCAGCCCUUGUAGCACUUGCAUUGCAAAUGACACACUGUUCUAGAAAAGAGGAAGUUUAUAGCAAUUUUGCUUUCUGGCGUGAUGUCUUCUCUGACGAGUUUAUAUUCUUUCCUGGAAUACCCCUGAAGGAUUUUGAAGAAGGUUGUUUCUUGCUUACAAAAUGUGAUGCAGUUCAAGUCACGUCCCAGCAAGUUUUCGUUACUGAGAAAGGAAGCAAUAUAAUCUCUUUCUUGACAGCAAUGUUCAAGCCUUUUGUGGAAGGUUACCAGAUAAUCUGUAAGUACCUUUUAAAGGAAUCAAAUGACACCUUUAUGGAGAAGCAGUUUAUAUUUGGAGUCCGAAGCUUUGCUUCUGAGCUUCUCGAGGCAGGAAGCACACAGUGUUACGAUGUCCUGUCCUCAGACAUGCAGAAAAAUGCUUUGGCAGCUCUCAUGCGACAAGGUAUUGCAUCAAGAACGAAAAUGAGUGAUGGAUUCUCUUACACUGUAAGGAAAGAAGCUCUAAGUAAAACCGCAGGAAUGUUUGAAUCUAGGAUACCUGUAAGCAAACCGAUGGCUGCAAGACUUUGAGCUCCUUGAGUGGCUUGCCUUAUGCACACUAAAACUGUGAACGGCUGGAAGUAAGACAGAUUAUGAACAGGAUGCUAACUGAAGGCUUAGGAUACACUUCCCACCUUGAAAUGUUACUACUGCUACAUAAUUGUGGGAGAAAACUCCUGACGUCCAGAAUAUUUCCAUCACCGCUCAAAGAACUUGGUCAGCAUUGAUGGUUAACAUUCUCUUUAAUAAACGCCACUCCUUCUUUCACCCAGUUAGCAUUUAACAGAAUCACACUGUUAACAUCUGGAAUGUUUGCCAUAAGGAAAUUGUUGCUUUUAUAUAAUUAUUUUGUUGUUGUGAAGAAAUGUAAUUGAACAACUAAGGACAUAGCAUUAAAAACAAUAUUUAAGGAAAAGUAUCAUUGGCUGUUGUUGUACAUAGGAAGAGAUUAUUUCAUUCCUUUCAAGGAUGUAAUUCUCACAAAAUGUCAAUGCUGUAACCGUUUCUUCAGGUUUUGCAUCUUUUAAGUAUUAAAAACUAAGAAUGGAAUA